UGUGUCUGAAAGAUGGGCAGGGUGUCCGGAAGGAGGAACGAUGAGACUAGAGACCCAAGCAGAGCGGUGACCCACAUGAUCAGAGACCGCACAGGUUGGAAAUGUUCAGUCUGGCUUCUGCACGAAUCACUCCUUGCUCCUGGAGAAUGCCUUCUCAGGACCACAUCUGUGGCUUUUCCACCCUCCACUCCACACUUCACUUUUGGUGCAGCUCCAAACAGGAGGACGCCCUGAUUUUAUAAUCCAGGUGGGGGCGACAGAGGAACAGGGGAGAGUUCAUAGAAAGGAGGAAGUUCUUUACGGACACACCCACCUCCCACACAGACCCCACCCCCACCCCAUCCCCCAAAUUCCUCCCGCCUCCAGAUUGGCGGCCAAUUUGCUGUAAACAGAAAACUCUGCCCUGAGCUGUGUGUGUGGGACCCACGCCCUGGGCUCGGAGCCGUUUUCUGGCCAGAGCAUUCUCCUCCCUCUCUUCUGCCCCUGGAGGGGAAGUUGCCAGUGUCCGGAGGCUCUGGGAGGCAUGUUCAGGAAUGUGGCAGCCAUCUCUUUACAGCUGAUGGGGCCCCUCCAGAGAAAGAAGGCUGGAACUUCUGUCACUCGGUGCUUGCACCAGACUCUCACCAUGGCCAAGAGGGUGCAAGCUCGCAGGCUGGACGGGAUUGACCACAACCCAUGGGUGGAGUUUGUGAAAAUGGCCAGUGAAUGCGAUGCUGUGAAUUUGGGCCAAGGCUUCCCCGACUUCCCACCCCCAGAUUUCGCUGUGGAAGCAUUUCAGCACGCCCUCAGCAGCGACUUCAUGCUGAACCAGUACACCAGGGCAUUUGGUUACCCACCCCUGACAAAGAUCCUGGCAAGUUUCUUUGGGAAGCUGCUGGGACAGGAGAUAGACCCACUCAAGAACGUGCUGGUGACUGUGGGUGCCUAUGGGGCCCUGUUCACAGCCUUCCAGGCCCUGGUGGAAGAAGGAGACGAGGUCAUCAUCAUUGAGCCCUUUUUUGACUGUUAUGAACCCAUGACGUUGAUGGCGGGGGGUCAUCCUGUGUUUGUGACCUUGAAGCCGGACCCCACUCGGGAUGGGGAACUGGAUUCCAGCAGCAACUGGCAGCUGGACCCCACAGAGCUGGCCAGCAAGUUUACCUCUCAUACCAAAGCCCUAAUUCUCAACACACCCAACAACCCUGUGGGAAAGGUGUUCUCCAAGGCGGAACUGGAGCUGGUGGCCAGCCUGUGCCAGCAGCAUGACGUGAUCUGCAUCGCCGACGAGGUCUACCAGUGGCUGGUCUACGACGGGUACCAGCACGUCAGCAUCGCCAGUCUUCCCGGUAUGUGGGAACGCACCCUGACCAUUGGCAGCGCUGGCAAGACCUUUAGCGCCACUGGCUGGAAGGUGGGCUGGGUCCUGGGCCCGGACAGCCUCGUGAAACACCUGCGCACGGUGCACCAGAACUCUAUCUACCACUGUCCCACGCAGGGUCAGGCGGCAGUGGCCCAGAGCUUCGAGCACGAGCAGCUUCACUUUGGCCAACCCAGCAGCUACUUUGCGCGGUUCCCGCAGGCCAUGCAGCGCACCCGUGACCACAUGAUACGCAGCCUGCAGUCUGUGGGCUUGAAGCCCGUGGUCCCCCAGGGCAGCUACUUCUUCGUGGCAGACAUCUCAGACUUCAAGAGCAAGAUGCCCGACUUGCCCGGUGACGUGGACGAGCCCUACGACAGACGCUUCGUCAAGUGGAUGAUCAAAACCAAGGGUUUGGUGGCCAUCCCGGUCUCCACCUUCUACAGCGUGCCUCAUCGGAAGAUCUUUGACCACUAUAUCCGCUUCUGUUUCGUGAAGGAUGAGUCCACACUCCAGGCCAUGGAUGAGAAGCUGCAGAAAUGGAAGAAGGAGCUCAGGCCCUGACACCACCUGCUCGGCCCUGCCCCACCUGGUUCCCGCGGGCUCUGCCAGGCUCUGCCUUUGUCCGGGUUUCAGCCAUUCCCAUGUUGGGCGUAUGGAGUGGGGGGGGGGGGGGCCUUCUCUGGGACACAGGAUGUUCCCCGGGCAGAGCCCUCUUUCUUGAUCUCGGUGGAUUCGGGAGCACUUUACUACAGUGCCUAUAUUCCUGUCCUGGUGGUGAGGUGUACCUGAGCCAGGCCUCUCCCUGCUCCUCCCUGGGUGGGGUGAUACAGUCCUGGGCCCCCUCUGUAUUUUUCCCAGUCUUGUCUGAGGCUCAGUGGACAGAGUCCAACAGGGUACUGGCCUUGAGUCCCAGCCCUGCCCUGGCCCCAGCCCCGCCCUGGCCCCAGCCCUGCCCUGGCCCCAGCCUUGCACUGGCCCCAGCCCUGCCCUUUCUUUAUUUAACCUUCACUUUGGGAAGUGGUCUCUAGGCUUGAGUCCUCAAGCCGGUACCUUUCGCCCAUAAUAAAGUUUUAAGUUAUUUAGACCCUUA